AUGUCGACGAGAUCAAGGUUGAAGGAUUACGAUGUCGCUUUUGUUGCGAAUACCGAUGCACAUUCUAACCUUACGUUUUGUGUAAUUUUGAAAAAAGGAUUCACUGCUGUUAUAAAAGGUCCACUGACCAAUUUGCAGCCUGGAGAUUUUCUCAAAGUUUUGUUGAGGUAACUCGUUUGCAUUUCUGCGGGAUACUUUUAUUUUCAGUGACUUUGAAAGCCAUAAUCCUAGCCACCGUGCAAGACAUAGUAUCACUGAUUAUGAGAGUUUCUCUGGAGACCCGCCUGCCAUUGUUGUUCAAAGGUUUCCUAAAGUGGUAGUAAGUUUUUUUUUUGCAAUAGAGUUUUUGCUCGAAUUUCUGAAAAGUUUCGCUCAGCUUUAUUCGAAUCACCUGUCCAGUUGUAUAAAAUAAAACUCAAACAUUAUAUCUCCUAUUUAUGAAUAUUUUAAGAGUUUUGGAAGAAUAAUCCAAAAGUUGCAGUAGAUACAUUUUUAGUAGUGUCUGACAAGGAAAGUGCGUGAGAGGAGCACUGACCCAAACUUCUGGGUUGGAUAGUCCUAGGUGUGAGUAAACUAAUAUAAAAAGAAAUAUCUGCGAAGCGCCAUAGGGUACUGAGAAAAAGUGUGUCGAAAAUGUACGGAAAAAGCUCAAAAACUAAUUUUCUUUGGCUUUUAGCUUUCCAAAACAUCUACUAUUGUUCACUAUAUCAAAAGAAACGCGAAAAAGAAACUUCACACCAAAAACCCAACUAGAAUUCGUUUUUGUGCUUUUUGUGCCCUUUUUCGAUAGGCUGUUUCUCCGUACCCUAUAGCGCUUAUAUAGCGGGUCAUUAUUUCUGUUUUCGAACACUAGUAAACUAGGACUACCUGCUACAAAAGUUUGAGCCAUAUCUGCGAUGCUCACCUCACACUUCCCUCGUGAGAACAAUUAUUACCACGGUUAGCUCUUGCGGUCUUUUUUUGUUACAUAGCAAUAAAUUAUUUUUCUAUUUAUGGAUAUAUUUUCAGUUGAAAACAACGGCUGAAGUAGAGCCACCGGUAAAUGGAGUCAAAAUGCUGUCGAACGAAGUUUUUGGUUGGUGUUUUUUUUUUUAAAUUAUUGUUUUAUUACAUGGAAACUGAAAUGAUUGUAGGAUGUUUCGUCGAUUUGGAUGGAAUCACUAGAGGAACUGUCGGCGAUCUUGUCGAGUUCGAAUUUACGGUUUGUAGUUGAGGCCAGUCAGGGAAAUAACUUGAAAGUUUUCAGUGCGUUUCCAGUCCCUUAAACAAAUACUCUUCCAUAUUCGUUCCUAGACGCAUAAUCCGAACGAUUCAAAAUGUCAGUGCUAAUCAGUUGCUUAUUCAUGCAAAUUAUUUAUGAUUAAUAUUUUUUUACUACGGCUUUUUGAGACCUUGAAGUUUAAAUUUUAGCUCGAAGUGAACUCGUUGGGAUUCACACUGAUCUGUAAAUAAAUUAUUAUUAUCGUUAAUAUUAUUAUUAUUAUUAUUAUUAACCAGUAAGAAAUUUAGUCGAAAAAAAGAGAAGAAAAAAAUUUAUAGCGCUGAAUAUAAAUAUUUAAGAUUAUAACUGAUACGCAGCACGCUUGCGAGAUUCAGAUAUUUAUUUACAUAGUUAUAAAAAAAAGGUGUACGCCUGUAGAAAGGCCCUAUAUACUUUUUUGUCAACUUAUUUAUUCUUUCUUCACACUUGCUAAAGCAUUUUUAUAAUAAGAACGUUUUUUCUAAAAUCAAGGUGGCUGAUUACAACUUAAAUUAACAAUGAGAUUAACACUUUGAAUUUUUAUAAACCUUUUGUUUCUUUUCUUUUUUCCUUCUUGGAAGUGUAGUUGAUCUUUUACUUUAGCGCCCAUCACGCAAUGUUUUCUCUAGAAACGAGAGUUCUGGAAAUACGAGAAAAAUCUAUCGCGGACUUGUUUCUCAUCAAGCCGAUUGCGUCCGUUUUGUUUGGUGUGUUGAUUUCCAUGACGAUGUCGUUCUGAACAAACCAGUGUGAGUUUUUUUUUUUACAUUUUCUGUGCAAUUAUUACUUUAGCCAUUCUGAAAUUUGACAUUUUCCAAAUGUCAAGUAUACAGCUUUUUUUUUUUGUUUGACUCGAACUUCUCAACAUUAAAAUGAUUUUUUUUUCAGAGAAAUCAGCAAAUUGAUUGGGAAAUGGAUCGAGUUCGAAGUGACCCAUGGUGCUGGGAAGCGUAAUUUCGUUAGCAAGUUUCAUGGAGUCAUCGAUGAUUUGAUAGAGACGAAAGUGGAAAAAGAUAGAUUUGCUUUGGUCAGUGGGUUAAUCACUUUCUGAAGACUUGAGAUCAUCGAGACUGUGUAAUAGCUUCAAUAUUUAUCCUAACCCCUAGUUGCGUGAAUUUCAGAGCUGGGCCCUCUCCGCAAAAAAAAGUGAAUUUUGGUAAGCAAAAAAAACUGCGAAACUAUUAGGUUGUCAAGAAACGGAUUUCGUUUUUUGAUGCUUCAACUUUGACGAGGAGUUUAGUACAAAAAAUCUUUUUUGAUACCGGAAUGUUAUAUAUCAUUUUGAAGCUCGAUGUCUGUGUUUCAAAUUGUACAUAAGAGAUUCUCUCAAACAAAAUCGAGUGAGUUUUUUUCGCCGUGUGAAAUUAGCAUAAAAAGUUGCAAUUUUGCAUUGUUUCUUUGUUCAAGCUUAGACGGCUUUUUAUGCUCAAAAUGUGUGCAACAAAUUUUGAACUAAUAAAAAAUUAAUCAACCAGUGGUCGGAAAAAUUCCGAUCAGGAGAUAUAAGACCGCGGAAAAGCCCGACUGUUUUUCAACAUGUCUUACUUUCGUUAACUAUUUCAAAGUUUUGGCGAUUGCACCUCUGAGAAUACCUAUUUAUUAAACAUCUACAAGGCUUGUAGAAAUCAAAAAAAAACUUAUCUCAUGUAUUGAUAACGGAUUAUCAGACAGAGCAUGUCAAGGGAACAUUUAGCGCAUAAAAACAACCAUUUUAAAAUCUUGACGCCUGCCGGAAAUCUUUUUCAUCAGUUACUCAACAAAUACUGCAUACUUUCCAACAAAUCAAAAACCAAAAUGAAAAGUAAAAGCUUUUGAACAAGCCGCAGCGUCAGAUCAGUUAUUAGACUUUCCAUAGACUUCAAAAAAGUCCCCCGAAACAAUCCACCAAAAUAAUUGAUUUUGUCGACCUUUCGGUCGUUUGAGGCUAGUUCACAUAAUUUUAGCCAGCUGAUUUUUAUCUAAUAAUGAAACAGAAGCCAUUACUUUGUCAUUUGACAGGAGGGAGCCGGAAAAUCUAGCAUAAAAUAUAGGAAAUGACUGUUUGAAGUCAACCGUUGAAAAACGAAAUCCGUUUCUUGACAACCUAAUAUGCCUAUGGGGAACAUAAAAAAGGAAAAAAGUAUUUCUAACUGGUGGUAUGAAAAAAACACCAGCGAAAAUUCAAACGGCGACUUUUCCGAUUUUUUCAUAUCGCUAGGAAACUUUCCGACGGCCACCUUUCCGACGAAUCUUUUUCCGACUUUUUUUUCUCGAUAAACUUUUCGUUUUAAAUCUCCCUAUAUAAAGUAGGUAGUUGGUUAAUGAUUAAAACACAAAGAAAUAGAAAAAAACAAUGUUUAUAGAUGUUUUAGAAACCGAAAAAAUUAAGGGAAAAAAGUCGGAAAGGGAUCCGUCGGAAAGGUGGCCGUCGGAAAGUUCCCUAGCGAUAUGAAAAAAUCGGAAAAGUCGCCGUUUGAAUUUUCGCUGGUGGUUUUUUCAUACCACCUUCUAACUAGGCUUCCAUAGAGAAAUCCUUGAAACAGCAAACGUUUGUGCGUUCCGUAUUUUUUUUUUUUUUUGAGUUUUAUUGGGAUUUUUCUGAAUUGAGGUAGCCUAUUUGGAAGUUAUUUUUAGUCUGUUAUAUCAAAAAAUAGGCAUAGUUUAAAAGUUUUCCACUUUUUUAGUUAAAAAUUCUUCCCUACAAAAAUUCUCUCGUCCGUUUGCGGAACUGUUGCGCCCAUUCCUUGUAAAGAUUAUUUUUUUUCCUUUUUGAGGGAUCAUUCUAAAAAAAAGUUCUUUCUUUUUGAUUAUCCUAUAUGAUUUCGGCUAAAACAGUUUUUCAGGUUCGUGUAGAUUUGAAGUACUGCGGAGAUUCGGAUGAUGGUCUUCUGAAGCUUGAACAUCCAUAUAUUGGUUCUGUCGUCGACUUCAGAUGUUUUCUACCAGAUUCUCUGGAAGUAGGAUCAUUGUAAGUAACUGUUUCUCUUUUUUCGACAAACUCCUUUCUUAGUUUGUCUGAAAAACACCUUCAAAAAUUGUGAUUUUUUUUUGUGGUUUCAAAUAAUUAAUCAAUUUAUAGUGUGGAAACCUGGGUCGCUCCCCAUAGAAGAGAGAGUCAAGUGAGCCGAUGGGGCAUUCGAGGACCGCCUUUGAAUAUAGUGCGUUUUUUUAUCAUUACAGUUUUAAUUCUUCAAAAAUGGCUUUUUAAUGCCGUGUUUAAACGGAUUGCGCGAAGAUCAAAUUAUCUUUGACUCUCCGAAAUUUGGUUAUUUUUUUUCGCUCUCUUGCGGUUAUUUCGCAUUUCGCGGAACUUUUUUGAACACGGCAAAAAAAGGCGCCGUAUUUCUCAAUACUUUUUUCUUUUUCUUAAUUUUCCGCCAGUCGAUGUGGACCUUUUCAGCAUCGUCUUUUCUUUCUCUUUUUUGUUUUUAGUGGAAGACUCAGCAAAGUUUUCAAUAAUAAGUUUCUAACCUCUUUAUUUAUGCUUUUUUGCAACCUCUAUUUUUUGCCUUUUGUUCGAAAAUUUUCAGUCUUUUUGCACUAGUCAGUUCGGUUCAAAGAAUUAUUUGACUGAGUCAUUUUAGUACUCGGGCAAUUCUUCGUACUGUUCGGCGCCAACAAACCCUCGAGGGACCUCGAAUAGAAGUUCUUGGGAUGAAGUGCGUCCUUCGAAGUCUUCAUAUAGCGAAGAAGAAUAUUCUUCAUGUCGGGAUGAUGAUAAGGUUUACUACUGUCUCUUCUUAAAGUUAAAACUAUCCUUCAAAAUGAAACGAAAACUUCAAAGGAAUGCUUUGAAAUUAAUAUUUUGUUUUGAAACAGCAUUUUUUCCAACUUAGGUUUUACUCAAAUUAUUUUCAGUCUGUAUCUUCUACCGUCAAAACAACAACGAAAGAACCUCAUUCGACAUCAAAUAAUUCUUCUGCUAGUGCCGCUGAAGUUGAAUUGGUUAGGAUUGCCUGUGAAAAACAAAGAUAUUCAAUAUUUUUCAGAAGCGCCUUCGGGAGUUGUUCGCCCUUCUGAUGAAUGACAAGUAUAUUUCAGAUGUAGUCAUGGAUUUCGACGAAAACGUCCAUUAUGAAGUUAUAAACAUUCUUUUAUCUUGA